AGCGAUGCACUUGCAAUCCAGUACGUGACGGCUCCUCGUGUUGCCUCUCCUAUCCACCAUGAUGGCUUCGCCUCUCUCCGCUCUUUGGAAGAUCCAAGCCCACCACCACUCCGCCGCCGCCGUGCGCCGGUUCGGUUCCCUCACCACCAUCGGCCCACCGCGCUCUUGUACCCGCCAUGCCCUCUCAGGUUCUUCUCCUCCCUUCCUUUCUCGCUGCUUCUCCCGGUGCCGCAUGUUCGAAUCCGCUCUCGCAUCGAGCCCAAGCUCUUCCCUUAACUCUCGCCUCCGAUUCGCGCUCCAUGCUUCUACGAGCGCCGCCGCCGCCGCUGAAACCCAAGUAGAUGCAGUGUCAACUUCAGAGAUGAUCAGUAGGGGACGUAUUUACCAUGAGACAUAUGGAUGUCAAAUGAAUAUAAAUGACAUGGAGAUUGUUCUAUCUAUCAUGAAAAAUGCUGGUUAUGCAGAAACUGUGAAGGAACCUGAGAAUGCUGAGAUCAUAUUUAUCAACACCUGUGCUAUCCGGGACAAUGCUGAGCAAAAGGUUUGGCAGAGGCUUAACUACUUUUGGUUUCUAAAAAGGGAAUGGAAGAGCAAUGUUGCUGUGGGAAGGUCGCAAUCUUCACAUCCUCCCAAAAUAGUUGUUCUAGGAUGCAUGGCUGAGAGGUUGAAAGAGAAAAUACUUGAUGCAGAUAAAAUGGUAGAUGUAGUCUGUGGACCAGAUGCUUACAGAGAUCUACCUCGUCUGUUGGAGGAGGUUGACUAUGGACAAAAGGGAAUAAAUACCCUGCUUUCUCUAGAAGAAACUUAUGCUGAUAUCAGUCCUAUAAGGAUCUCAAGCAAUUCAGUUAGUGCAUUUGUCUCAAUAAUGAGGGGAUGCAACAAUAUGUGUUCCUUCUGCAUCGUUCCAUUCACUAGAGGUAGAGAGAGAUCCCGUCCUGUCUCUUCUAUUGUCAGAGAAGUAGGCGAGCUUUGCAAGGAGGGUGUGAAGGAAGUCAUGCUUCUUGGUCAAAAUGUAAAUAGUUACAAUGAUGUUUCAGAGCUCAAUGAUUUGGAACCAGGUUCAAAUUGGCAACUAAGUGAUGGGUUUUCCAGCAUGUGUAAAGUGAAAAAGAUGGGCCUGCGGUUUUCUGAUCUCUUGGAUCGAUUAUCUACUGAAUUUCCAGAGAUGCGAUUCAGAUUCACUUCCCCGCAUCCCAAAGAUUUUCCUGAUGAUUUGCUCUCUCUUAUGCGGGAUAGAUAUAACAUCUGCAAAAAUAUUCAUUUGCCUGCUCAAAGUGGGAGUACAACUGUACUUGAGAGAAUGCGUCGUGGCUAUACUAGGGAGGUAUAUUUGGAGCUUGUGCAAAAAAUAAGGAGCAUCAUUCCAGAUGUUGGACUAAGUAGCGACUUUAUUUGUGGUUUUUGUGGAGAAACAGAAGAAGAGCAUACCCACACCCUAAGCCUUAUGAGGGAGGUUGGAUAUGAUAUGGCAUACAUGUUUGCUUAUAGCAUGAGGGAAAAAACUCAUGCCCACAGGAACUAUGUGGAUGAUGUGCCUGAUAGUGUCAAGCAGAGGCGGCUCAGUGAACUUAUUGAUGCUUUCCGUGAAAGUACCGGACAGAGGUUUGCUGCUCAAGUAGGCACCGUCCAACUUGUUUUGGUUGAGGGACCCAACAAGAGAGCACCUGAGACGGAACUCAUAGGAAGGAGUGAUCGAGGUCAUAAGGUUUGCUUUCUUAACGUCUCUCUUCCGCACUCAUUCCAAACAGAUGGGGAGCGAAAACCAGAAGCAGGAGAUUUUGUUGAAAUUCGUAUAUUGAGGUCUACAAAAGCAUCCUUAUUUGGGGAAGCACUUGUGCGCACUAGUCUGACCAAAUUUCAUCAUCAGAACAUAGCUGCAAUAUCAGAGAAUUUCAGAUAAAUUCAGUUUUAACAUAGUCUAGUUUUGAUCUUCGAUAAAGCAUUUGCCCAUUUGCAACAGCAAGAGGAUUGGUAGCAAUUCAGAGCAACACAUGAGUGGAGUCUCCUAUUAUUUAAGAUUCCUUAGUUUGAUAUGAUCAUCAUGUUGUAGAUUUCCAUGAAACACUUGGAUAAUUUAAAACAGGAGGAGCCAUAUUAAUGGGAGAUUAUGUUACUCGAUCAGUAUCGUAGUUUCUGAUGUAUCAUUAUUAUACAAGUUCAUCAUUUCUAUUUUCCUGCAUUGAUGGCUUGUCUAGUUUCUAAACUCUCGAUUGAUCAAACAUGUACAAAUAUUAUAUAUUGGUGUUACCUGCAAA